AUGGGAGAUCUUCCAGUGUCGCGCGUUACUCCACCCGCACAAAACUUUCAGCACUGCGGCAUCGAUUACGCCGGUCCGGUGGUAGUUCGCACUUCUGGGGGCCGCGGUGUGAAAUCAAAAAAGGCCUAUAUAGCCUUAUUCGUUUGUCUCGCAAGCCGAACCAUUCACUUGGAGCUGGUCGGCGAUUAUACGACCUCGGCGUUUUUAGAUGCAUUCUCGCGGUUCUGCGCUCGUCGAGGAUUGCCGGAAUCGAUGCAUUCUGAUAACGGUACUACGUUCGUCGGCGCUGAUCGAGAGCUGCAACGGGCGUAUCAGGCUGCGCUUCGCGAUCCCAACUUUCAGAACGCUACCGCUUCCGAUCGUAUCACAUGGCACUUUUUGCCUCCAUCCGCACCGCACUUCGGCGGAUUGUGGGAAGCAGGGGUGAAGAGCGUGAAGUAUCACCUCCGACGGGUUUUAAAGAGCAAUACGCUCACGUUCGAAGAGUUUUCCACACUGUUAUGCAGGAUUGAGGCGUGUCUUAACUCACGGCCCCUCACGCCGAUCAAGGACACUCCGGACGAUUACGACACAUUAACCCCCGGAAACUUCUUGAUCGGCUCCGCGGUUAAUGUCAGUUCCGAGCCAUCCGUGUUAGACCAACGCAGUAAAUGGAGAACGUUGCAAUCUCCAGUGAAAGUCGGGCAGCUCGUGUUAAAAAAUUCUACGCUUCCACCCUGCAAGUGGGAGCUCGGGAGAAUCACUCAGUGCCAUACCGGAGCCGACGGACUUGUCCGCGUAGUUACCGUCAAGACCGCCGGCUCUGAGUUUAAGCGACCCAUCGUCAAAAUCUGCUGUCUUCCCGUCGACAUCGAGAAACAGUAA